AGCUCGGGCUCGCAUGUCAGGUUACCGGAAAUACCGCCUUCUUACCCACAGUUCUCUUUCAAAGCAGCUCGCAUUUGAUAUUUUAUAAACUACACAGUGCGGAGGUCUUGCUUUGAGGUAGAAAUUUUAUAGUAUUGCCGUUGAACGCACAUCGCAUCAAAAAAGGCGUGGAAGUACAAACGAAAUGCCGCACAAUUUCCAGCCUGGCGACCUAGUUUUCGCAAAAAUGAAGGGGUACCCCCACUGGCCUGCCCGGAUUGAGGAUGUGGCAGAUGGGGCAGUGAAACCUCCACCAAACAAGAUUCCAAUUUUCUUCUUUGGCACUCAUGAAACUGCCUUCCUUGCGGCAAAGGAUCUGUUUGCGUUUGAGAAGUACCGUGACCGCUUUGGCAAGCCAAAUAAACGAAAAGGCUUCAAUGAAGGAUUGUGGGAGAUCCAAAACAACCCGCAUGCUUCCUACAGUACCCCUGCACCAGCAAGUUCCUCUGACACAGAGGACAAUGAUGCCGAGCCAAAAAGCGAUGCAGAGGAAGAUCGAGAGGCUGUACCAUGGAAUGCUGGAAGUGGCAGUGAAGAUUCCAACUCCGGGAGUGAGGAUCAAGGGAGAGGAGGGCUAAAGCGGAAAAACACAGAGUCGAAGCCAUUGUCGGCAAAGAAGGCUCGGGGGUCAUCCACGGAGAACACCAGGCAGCAAGGCGGCGGGUCCACCUCAGAGUCCGAGCCUGAGCCCUCUCCAUCUCCAUCAGAUUCGGACUCAGGAAAAAGCAGCGACCAGGAUUUUAAACCAGAGAAGAAGCCUGCUGGAAGAGGUGGCAGAAAGACAACAGCAAAAGGAAAAAAGGCGAAGCCCUCGGCGGACUCUGAUUCUGAUUCUGGGUCAGAGUCGAAUCAGAAAGGAGGUCAGUCUGACUCUGAUGAUUCCAAACCUCGCCCUGCAAUCUCUGGUUCUGAAUCGGCAUCGGGCUCCAAGUCUGAGUCUGACUCUGACGCACCUGCCCCUAAACGCGCCCAGGCAGCUAAGAAGGAAAAAAAACCUUCUAAACCACAAGCAAGGAAAAAGAAACCAGUACCAGAGAAGGCAUCAGACUCUGACUCUGACAGCGACAGUGGCAGUGACGUGGACCGCAUAAGCGAAUGGAAGAAGCGAGACGAGGAGCGCCGGCGUGAGAUGGAGGAACGCCGGAAAAAGGAGGAAUCGGAGGAGCUCCUGAGGCUCCGGGAGCGGGAGAAGGAGGAGGAGGAGAAGAAGAAGAAAGAGAAGGAGAAGGGUGGGAAAGCGGAGAGCAGCAGCAGCUCAGACGAGGGAGUAGACGACUACCCUCUGAAGAAGACCAAGAAGCCGCCUCCACCUCCGCGGCCCGCACCAUCUGACUCGGACUCACCCUCACCGAUCGAGAAGCAGCAGCCAAAAAAGAAGGGGCGAUCUGACAACCAGAAGAAAGAAAGGUGGAAGAAGGACAAAGAAGAAGAGAAAAAAGAAAAACAAAAGAAGAAGAAAGUACAACGUGCCGUGGAAAGACCAAAGCCUAAAGACAAACCAAAACGUAAACCAGAUCCACCGGAGAAAAAAAUUGAAAAGAAGAAGGAGCCCACUCCUGAGGAGCAGCUUCAGAAGCUCCACACGGACAUCAAAUUUGCACUUAAAGUCGAUAACCCGGACAUCCAACGUUGUCUGCAAGCACUGGCUGACCUGGAGGCAGUGCAAGUUACGAGUGCAAUCCUACAGAAGAACUCUGACGUCAUUGCAACACUCAAGAAGAUUCGGCGGUACAAAGCCAGUGCUGCCGUCAUGGAGAAGGCCAAUGAUGUUUACAACAAACUGAAACUUCAGUUCGUAGGAAAAGGUGAACCAACUGCAAAAGCUCUCCAAGAAAAUGAGAGCCAGAAUGAUGGUGACACAAAGCAUGAACUUCAAGAUGAAACACCAGUGAAUGGGGAGUCCGAAACUUCAAGAAAGAACACAGAAUGUAACCCAGAAUCUCUACAACAUGUUGAAGAGAGCCUUGAUCCUAGCAGGUCAGAAGAUACGUCUGAGAAGCCUGCUUCACCUGACGCCUCUACACACAGCCCUCCUGCAGACAAACAGCUUGUGGAAGAAGAGAGCUGAAGAUAUUUGUUGUCUUAUUUCGUUUAUUAGAUUGCAGUUUUUUCUCUCUGUGCAGUGAAGCUAAGAAGAGUCGAUGCAUACAUGAAUUUAUACAGUCCUUGUCUAUAGUCUGAUAUUUCCACCUUAAACCCUCAGAAUAGAAAAAAAGAAUGCUUAUAUAUAUACAUAUGCUUAUAUAUAAUGCGCACACACAUUGCAUGCCAGUUGUGUAUGGGUGACCAUCAUUCAUUCUUGUGUCCAAAUGUGUGUUUUUAUUUGGAAUUCCAAUAAUAUGCUGUCCUACAGGAAUAAAAUGAAGGACUGUUUUUUUUGUUUUGUUUUGUUUGUUUUUUUUAAAUGGGACUACUGUACAUUGGUUUGGCCAUAUUAGCUUUGAGUUUGUGUGACAAGACUUGUAUAAUACCUGUUCUGUGUCAUAUCUUAACAGGAUGCUGUGUAUACUGUUUUUGUCUGGUACACCUUUAAUGUUUUCUUCUCCGUAACUUCACAAGUCAAUUACGCAAAGUCUGUAUAAACACGAUACAAUGCUUUUUAAGGUGUAAGACUAUACACACAGUUUAGAUAGUGUUACUUUAAAAUAUGAUUGUAGUGUUGAUGUUUAUUUACAGCCUUUUGUAUUCCUAAUUGAAUAAAAUAAUGUAAAUGGUC